AUGAGUGAAUCUGAACCCGGUUUCCCAUCUCAGUCUGUGAAUCAGGAGACGCUUGAAGAACAGCGGAGAUCUGAAAUGGGCAGAGCCGCCUGCCAACCUGCCCAACAUAUGUCUCAAAGAUCCCAUCAGGAGAAUCCAGGCCAAAAUGACAAAAUGAUCCUUCAGCUCCAAGUGAAGCAGUUGCAGAGGGUUUUACAGGAACAGAAUGCAUUGCUCUCUCUUAUCAGCCCAGGACAGAUUUUAUCUCCCGCUUUCUUAGCGCACUGGCAAGUCCAGACACCUCUGAGGCUUUCAGAAGCUGAUCCCUUCAACUCUACUGGGAAUUUAGAUGCCUUCAAGAUAGGCUCAUUCAAAGCCACAUAUUCUGGUGCGAUUAAGAAUGAGUCAGAGACUCUGGCAACUAGUAACACCAAUGAUGUUGCACCAUCAGCAGAGCUCAGACGCUUGUCUCCUAUUAAAGAAGAGUCUUUAGAACCUGCACAAGAAGACUGUCCUCUUAGCCCUUUCGGAUCGAGGCAAGGUCUCCCACCAAACCCAGAGGAAAGGCCUAUUCGACCAGGACUGAGAGAAGAGCCAAAAACAUUUGAAGAUUUUGUUGAAGAACAUCUCAAAACAGACCAAGCUAUUCUCCAACAUGAGAUUCAGAGUAAUGCACAAAUCAGAGGAGCAGAGAAGAGGAAUUUCCUCCGUAAAGGAGAGGGAACAUCUAGAAUUACGAAGGGUAAGGACUGCUCACAAAAACUCCAGAGCUCUGUUAGUCCACAAAUAAAGCUCAGUCAGCAGACGAUACGUCCCACUGAAUUUCAUCAGAAAGAGAUACCAAAUAGGAGCAGUCCUGGACUGAAGGGCUUAGGAAACUUCUGUGACCAAAGAUCUGCCGUGGAAGACCCUCUAAAGAAGACCGUUGCUCUACAGGAUGAUGGUUUAUCAUCAACCAACAAAGGGAAAGUCAAAGCUUUGACUGCUAAUAACAAUGCAGUCUCACUUAAAAGUAAGCACAGUGUAGGAGUCUUGAGGAAUUAUGGUAAAACCAAUGGAAGCAAGCCAAGUGGAUCUGCUCUGGCACAAAGCAAAGAAAGUGUCGGCUUUAAACAAAUUAAUGACCACAUUGUCAAAAUCCCUGAGAAAAAUUGUCUUACUACAAAUUACCGUUUACACAGCCAGAGUGGUUAUCCGUAUAAAGAAGUCAAUCUAACUGACGAGGUGAUGGAGUCACUGGCUCUUAGCGAUUCUCGCGACAGCGCUAGCAGUGAGGACGGACCCAACACUCAGUCUCACCGACCGUUACCUCAUUACCUCUCAAGGCACACGGAUCACAAAGAUCAGAGUCUGAAUUUGUCAGAUGGUGACUAUGCUAGUGACGCCCCGAGUGAGACUCGAUUUAAUGAAGAACAUCACACUUCUACUCCUAUGUCGAGUUCUUCAAGCUUCAGCAGCGAUUCUGAAUUUAAGAGCUUAGAAGGGUCUAUGGCUAACUGCUCCAAAAAAACAGAAGAAAGGGGGAUCGACAGUGACUUUAGACAACCUCCUGCUUCUGAGCUCCUCACAAUGGAGUUCUCAAAAGUCAAAGUUACUUCGGAAGACACCACUCAUUACAUGGGACAAGAGCAACCAGAUACUCCAAUCAGGGACGUGAUGGGAGAGCAUGGUUUUAUUGGUGAGGAUGGCUGCAGGCCUUUGCUUAGGCUUAAGAAAGAACUUCAUGAACCUCAGGAUCUGAGACUGCAGAUCUCAUCUCUGAAGCAGCAGUUGAUGGAGAGGGAGUCUCACUGGUUGCAGGCCAACAGUAUCCUCCAGAGCCGUGUUGAAGCCCUCACCCGAGAAAACCAGGAGCUUCACAGCAGGCUCAAUUUGAACAAGAGAUCGGACCAGAGUGCUGGUUCCUCUGCUCUUCAGUCUGGAUCAUACAGCAUGGUCAGAGCAAAUUCAAACCACCAUUUUUCCACAAAAAAUAUCUAA